UUAUGAGUUGAAUGGAUACGAUAAAAUCAGUGGCAAUGUCUGCUGAUAUCCAACAGUUUGAUGAAUUGAAAGUGGAGACAGAAACAUUCUUACACAAUUUUGAUGACAAUAAUGAUAUUGUACCUCAUCUAACAGCUUAUUUCAAAAGCUUUCAGCAGGCUCUAAAAACCCGCAGACCACUGUCAGUAAAUGCUGUGCUAAGUUUCAGAAAGUCAAAUGAUUUCACAGACUUGAUAGGUGCUCUGAUAAAAAUUUCAAGGACCGAUCUGAGGAAUUCCCUCAGUACCGAGCAGCACGCGGACCGACAAAAGCUAGUCAAAGCUAUUUUGAAGCGCAUGAAAUCGUUGCAGUCUUCGAGCCUGAAUGUAAUUGAGAUGGGUUUUAGUGCUCUUCUUUCGCAGACAAGUGUCGGAAAGUUUUACUCGUUUGGACGAGUAAGAAUGACCUUCAAUCUUCCCGUGGAAGACAGGGAAGGACUAUCAAUGAAUCAUGAAACUGAAAGAGAAAAUUUCUGCAAAUCUUGUGAAAUAUUUCUGGUAACAUCCAGAUACUACAGUGAAAAUUUGCAACUCUUGUCCGAUGAGCAAUAUAAUUCAUUUCUUUCUAACGAAACCGAAGUCUUGAAACUGGAACCUACCAAAUUAAAACCAACGAAGAAGGCGAAAGUUAGCGAUAGCGCUGAAGCUUUACCUAGAAGUAGCAUUUGUCCACGUUUUUGUCGUCAACCUGAUGAUAACCAAACCAUUGAUUGGUUAGAAUGGACCGACCUGCAAGUUCAAUGCAAUUCGAAAUUCGAAAGUUUCAAACAAGACGGUCGAAGAAAUACAAAUGAAUUGGUUGCAAAGAGUUACUACAACCUCGUUUUCAAGUUUGUACUUCCUGACAUAGAGGUUAUAUACACGAAUCCAUCUGGACCAAAUCCCGAGACAGCCAGUUUCCAGAAGCUCCCAGUCUUUGUCGUGUCUCCGGAUUUUGUACUCGAAACACAUACAAAACAGGACAUAGAUCCAGACGGAUACUAUUUGUGGAAAUUAGCUUUCGGGUCGUUCGAUGAAGACCAGACUAUUGAGAAUAUAGUGGACAAAAUGCUUAUGCCGAGGUUCAAAGGAGUUCUGGCAAAUGCGUUAGAGGCGAUUGAAAGGUCGGAAAUAUCAAAAAUUGGAAAUACCAGCUCGGAAAUACCAAAAAUAGAGAUUGAAAACGAAGGCAGUCAUGAUAUGAUUACGAGUUUUACACGAGAUGCGAUCUAUCACGCUAUUUGUUCUUUACUGCAAGAUUUGAGGAAAAAACGACCGAGAGACGAUGAUCGAAGAAGAAGAAAUGCUAAUAUUAGGACAAGUAGUGUUUCGAAUGAAAUGACAGCAGAUGAGUUAGUUGGAGAGCCGCUUGAGAGAAGUAAGAAGAGAAUAUGGAGUUGGUUCCAGGAGAUUUGCGACUCCAUUGACUUGCAAAGAUCGGGACGAGAGAGUACAAAAGAUACGGUGGUUAAGCGAGAGAAUUUUGGGAGGAUGAUCAAAGACGGAGUACACAUGGGAAUAAUGACAAAAGAACAGGCUGAAAAAAUUCUGUCAAAACAACCAAUUGGUACUUUUCUUCUCCGAUUCAGUACUUCACAGCCCGAGUGCAAGAUUGCGGUGUCCAUAAUAAGGAUGGAUGCAACUCAAAUGAUAAAAAUAGACCACUUCUCUUAUCCAGUUUCACAAGCGCAAACCUUGGAAAGUGCGGCGUUUCGCAUUCACAAAGAACUCAAGAAAACUGACGACAGCAGAUGCAAAUUAUUGUUGCGAAACGAAACUCGACAACCGAUUUCGGUUUUGGCAAAUUACUACUCUGAAACGGCGAGCGUAGUGUCUUCUCCAAAUCAAGAAAUAUAUCGCGACGGAAAUCAGUUAUCGGAAGCAAUUAGGGAAAUGAGUCUGAGCGGCCUCAGUACCCCAGCAUCAAGUAGCUUUUUUCAGAACGAGUUCAGUCCAGUGCUCAGCGAUGUUUUAAUGCCCUCGCCGAUGGACCAACAGCAGAUGAAUAUGAAUAUCAAUCCAAUGGGUGAUAGAGGAAGUGGUUAUACAGAUCUGCAUGCCAUGUCUGACUCGAUAUCAUUUUCGCCUCAAAUAACACAAGUCAUGGUAGCAGGUCUAAACCAGGGUGAGCCGCAAGGAGUGUUUGACAAUGACUCAACGUUUUUUCCGGAUGAUCUCGAAGGAGUGGAGCCAUUUACUUUAGAAAACAAUAUCGAGCCUGGAAGUGUCAGGUCCUUUGCCAGUGACAACGUGUUGCCCCCUGUUGAGUUUAUUCUGACGCCUCCUGAAUCGAACAUCCAGAGUGCCACAUUACAGCAGCCAAACGAAGAUGACGACUCACCGGAAAAUGUGUAUCAAUCUGCCGAAUUGUGAGCAAAAGGUGCGGCACGUUUCUGAAACAGUAUACAUCUCUUCUAUAACUUCAGACAUAGCUCAAUGUUAAGUCUGCGUCAUGUUUUCUGAAGGGCAGAUAUGGAAUUCUUUACGAGAUUUGUUCAUACGAAAAGAGCUCAAUUGAUAAAUAUUACACUGAUGUGAUGAAAAAAGACAGAUAAUGAUUUUGAGGCCGAAAUUUAAGAAAACUGUAUUGAAUAAGAGCGAAUAAAAACUCCAUUUUUUAUUUAAAACUUGAUUAAAAUUCGAAGUUUCAAAAGGGAAUUGUUUACUUUUGAAAAAGAUUAAUUCUGAUUAUAGGUGUUCAUCGUACUUUUGCUAUAAACUUUCAUGCAACUCGGUGAUGAUGUUUUAUUUUCUCUUCUGAUAAAGUAUGUGGCUUACAUAGUCUCCAAAGUUGUCUGAACUCAUCCCUCAUAAAUAAUUAUUCAUCUGUUGCUGUCAUCGUAAAAGUUUGUUAAAUACAAAUUCAAGCCUCCUUUCAACUGUACUUUCUUUCUUAAACAUGACUUAUACCGUUGCUGUCGCUAUCAGUUUAUACUAUCGGAGUUACUAAAAUCAUUGAUUGUCCUCAAAAAUUGUUAAUUUUGUAUGCCAGGGGACGGUAAAAGAGCCCACAGUUUUUAUGAAUGUUUUCUUGUCUAUAGCAUAUCUCUACCUUCUUUCUUUCUUGCACAAUUUGUGAUCAUGUAAAUUUGCUGUUUUUUAAAUUUGGCGCUUUCCAUGUGUAUAUCCAUUUAUUUUGGUACGUAGCUUUAUUUUUGUACAAAGUGCUUCGGUUUCGAAAAGCUAUUGUUUUGAUUUGAUCUGCUGAGCUGAU